UAGAAGUAACACCUCAAUUUUAAAGAAAAACUCGAUUUGGAAAAAUAUUUUUUUUUAAAUUUUUAUCUACAAUCGAAAACUUUUAUAAUCCACAAAUUGUAUACUAAAACUUUUAUUUCGAAGUAGUAUUUGUAAAAAUUGUAUUUCAUAAUGGGAAGAGGCCAACUGCAAAAAAUGCGAGCCCCAGAGACUAAGAAAGAAAAUAAGAGCGGAGUUGCCCAGGUAAUUGAAUACAUGGGUAGUGACGACUACCUCAAGAUCCCAGUGGCCGAGGUCUGCCGGGUGAUCUCAGUCUUCGGAGGAUCAGUAGACAUAAAGGAGUUGAUCACCUACUUCGAGAACAACAUGGAAGAUAGAGUUAGAGAUCUCAUUUCGAGGUCUGUACACCUUGCGGUCAUGAAGGGACUUUUCCGAAACAAAAUAGAAAAGGUGCAUGGGAAGUUCCUGCUCCCAGAGUUCCCUAAAGAGGAAGAGGCAGCUGAGCCAAAACGUGCCCGAAAGAGGAGCAUAGCUAAAGUACAAUCACAGAGGAGUAAGCGGAGCAUUACACUCAAAAGGCGCUUGGGGAAGACGAUGAUUUCUCGUGGAAAGAUGAUUGAGGUGAGCCCGGAGAAGAGUUCCUUUAAGACCACAGAAAAGGCGGCCAAGAGUGGUGUGAAGGAUAUAGUCUUUGCGGAAGCAACUCCGGGGACUCAAAAAAAAGUUCCGAGAAAAAUACUCCCUGUUAAAAAGCGUCAAGGAAGGUUUUCCCAACUGCUUGCCAAGGUGUUUAAAGCCAAGCCGACUCAGCAGUCUGUGAAGAUGGCAAAAGAAAGGAAGAAGAAUUUGAAGUCCCGUGCUCGAGAGGCUGCAGGCUCCGAUUCCCAGAAGCCAAGAACUUCCAAAACUAAAGUGCCAGCGUCUUCGAAAGCCCGCCCUGACGAGGUUCGCCGAGAAAGGGAGUCCAAUCUCUUAAAUAAGGUUAAAGCCAAGAAGACCUCGGUUACUCCCAGAACUGAAGAGCCAGCUACGUUGAAAGGCCUCCUGGUCGAGGUUCGCGGAGAAGAGGAGUCUAACCAGCUCUUAAAUAUGGUUAAAGCCAAGAAGAUCUCGGUUAUAGGCAAGGUGUUUGAGAAACCUGGAAAGAAGGAGAGGUCCCCCAAGGAUAUCCAAACUGAAAGUAAGUUCUGCAAGUGCAACGAAGAACGAGCUGAUGGAACUACUGGGUCUGGCUAAUAAGGAAUGAGUACUUGGAUGGCUCUCUUGUGAAAUUUGAUGCGAUUUAAAAUUGAUUAAGUAGUCGUCCACCAGAUAUAAAUUCUCGUAGAAUAUUUUAACUAAGUUAUAUUUUUUAAUGAUUAAAGAUAUAACAUAUG